AUGCUUAAUUCGGACUUACAUGGAAAGGGUUCUUGGAUGUGGAGGAAAUUAUUAAAGCUGAGGCCUCUAGCUUAUCAGUUUAUUAGGUUUGAGAUCAAUGAUGGACAAAAGGCUUUUUUCUGGUUUGAUGAUUGGCUGCAGAUGGGCAGGCUUAUUGACAUUACUGGCGCUGUAGGUACUUGUUACCUUGGAGUAGCCCGGAAUGCUCGAGUUAUUGAUGCAGUUGCUCAAUCUCGCUGGAACAUUCGAGGCCAGCGUAGUCGUCACUUUCAUGAUUUAUAUGAGAGUAUCCAGAAUAUUCAGGUGCCGCAGGAAGAUCAAGGGAGGGAUAAGGUUCUUUGGAAACAUGCAGAGGACACUUAUAAAGCGCAGUUCUCUUCGGUUCGAACAUGGGAUCAGAUACGUGUGAGAAAGGCCACUGUACCUUGGAGUAAAUGUGUCUGGUUCACUCAAGGAGUCCCUAGAUACUCCUUCAUUGUCUGGCUGGCUGUUAAGAACAGACUUUCUACAGGAGAUCGUAUGCGGGCGUGGGGCAUUCAGCAAGGGUGUGUGAUGUGUGGUGAGUGGGAUGAGACAAGGGAUCACGUCUUCUUUGCUUGCCCUUACACAUACUCUGUUUGGAUAGACUAG